AUGCCGCCCUCUGCAUCCAGUCUUGUAGCGCUCGCAGUGGGGGUAUGGGCUCUCUACAAAACAUACAUCAAAUUCAUCAUGCCCCGUCCGGAGGACAUCAUUCCCGCACCACCGCUUCAUGCCUGGUUCCUGGGACACCUUCCGAUGGUCAUGGGCCGCCAGGGCUGGAAACAGUGGAGUGCUUGGACCGAGCAAUAUGGCACUACCUUCAGACUCAAGUUCCCCGUCGAAGGGCGCAUGGUGGUUACUCACGACCCCAAGGUACUGCAUCAUGUCUUGGUCAAGGACAGCGACAACUUUCCCAAACAUAUCUCGCCAUCUGAUGACCUUAAACUUCUCCUCGGCCCAGGAGUGCUCACUACCGUGGGGCACCAACACAAACGGCAAAGGAAGCUUCUCACCCCAGUAUUCGCCGCUUCGCAUCUUCGAAACAUGACACACAUAUUCUACAGUGUCGCCCACAGGGUGGUCGAAGCUAUGGAGAAGCGGAUUCCCACCCACGAGACUACGGAAGACCUGGAUGUCAACGGUUGGAUGGCGCGCACAACUCUUGAGAUGCUCGGCCAGGCCGGCCUAGGGUACUCCUUCGACAACUUCCUAGACGACUCGACGGACGAGUACGGGCAGUCACUGAAGAUGUUCUUCCCAACGCUUAACUCCGCCGUGCUCAUACAGCUUGUGACCCCUGUCAUGUCAAAAUAUAUCCCUGAUUGGCUCAGUCACGCCUUAUGGCGCAUAUUCCCGAAUAAAAACAUCAACCACAUGAUGCACAUUCGGGACACGAUGUACCGUCGCUCCAAAGAGAUUAUUUUGGAGAAGAAAUUGGCACUCGAGAGAGGCGACCAGGCGCUCGCUCAUGAGGUCGGCGAGGGCAAGGACAUCAUGAGCAUUUGCCUGAAGGCCAACAUGUCCGCGGCGGACCACGAAAAGAUGGACGAUGAGGAGAUUAUUGCCCAAAUGUCUACGUUCAUUAUCGCCGGAAUGGACACAACUUCGAACGCUCUCUCACGCAUCCUGUUGCUCCUCGCGGAACACCCGGAUGCUCAGGAGAAACUGCGCGCUGAGAUACUCGAGGCGCAGGGGGUAGACCGCUCGGACAUCUCGUACGAAGACCUCAUAAAGCUGAGUGCAUGCCGCUAUUGUAGCCAGGGAUGCCACUCAUAUUUCUGA